AUGCCCAUCGUACGCGUUAUCCUCGUUGCCGCCUAUUCGACAUCCGCCACCAUCCCUCCCUCCCAGCCAACGACGUCAUGUGGCACCGUACAAGUGGCCCAUUUGAGGCGCCGCCACCGCGAGUCCAGCCUAUGCACCCAUGUCACCGACUUCGACCCUUCGUCCCCACCAAGUAAAAAGUCACCCCUCGCCAUCCUCGCCAUCAUUGUCCUCGUCUUCCUCGUUCUCAGUAUUAUCUAUGUCGCAGUGUACAGGCGGGGGUACUCGCCCUUCGCUGGUCGCUUCUCGACAUUGAGAGCACGCGCUGAUGCCUGCUUCGAGCUAAUGACCAUGGCGAAGGAGGGCACUGGCCAAGCGGGCACAGGAGUAGUGUGGAUUGGCGUUCUUUGUCGGAUGAUGGGUCCAGUGUACAUGGACGAUCUCCACUUGAACAGGUUUGAGGACGGUCUUUCAGCCUUCCUGGACUUUGAACAUUCUUACGCGUCUGAUAUCUCCUUCUGUUUUUCCCGCUACUUGUUAGUGGGUUCUUAG